GGAGGUGGGACCGUGCCGCGGCACCUUCCACCGGUGGCACUUCGACUCGGUCAAGGGCAUGUGCCUCCAGUUCGUCUACGGCGGGUGCCGCGGGAAUCGGAACAACUUCAAGGACUACGGGGAAUGCGCCGAGAUGUGCGAGCGGGCCCUGCCGAAGCCGAUCGACACGGAGUCGACGCCGAGCGGUCGGAUGGAAAUCUCGGCGGUCCUCGCCUAUUCCCUUCCCGAGGAUUCCCGUUGGGUCUAUGACGAGUCUCUCGGCAGACUCGUGUGCAAACAGGUGGAAGGAGCAGGCGGAAGCUUCCCGUUUGAAGACCUGAGCCCCGAGGAAGCGAAGAAGAAAGCGAUGAUGAAGAAGCCGAAGCACCAAGGCCACACGAUGGUGAAGCCCUCUCCCUUCAUCUCCUCCGCGCCCUUCAACUCCUCCGGCGUCUUCGACGAAUUCUCGACGGACGAUUACGACAGGGAAGACGCGGGCGGCAUCUCCAGCCACCACGCUUCCGGCCACUACGCCUCCGGCCAGCAAACCUCCGGCCAGCACCGGCUGAGGCACGACGGAGGGGGCAGGGGAGGGGCUCCUCCCGUGGACUGCAUGGUCACACCGUGGAGCGACUGGUCCCCGUGCUCGGUCACAUGCGGUCAGGGGCAGAGGGAGAGGAUACGCAUGGUCAAGUGCAGCCGGACGUGCGGCGACGGGACGCAGAGCAGGACGAGGGCGAUCCUCUUCCAGCCGCGCGACGCGCCCCGUCCCUGUGGGGAGACCCUGGAGAGACGCUUCUGCGACCUCCCU